AACGAAGUGACAAGCGACUGUGUCCCCGUUUCAGAUGGGCUUAAAGAUAAUAUAGGCGCCGGAUUCGUAGCGACAAGGGGCAAUGUAAAAGGUAUCGGACCCGACCGACUGUCAUCUUCACGAUUCAUGGAAGCCCACUCCUUCGCCAAGUUUCCGUACACAUUGGCACCAGCCGCCGGUGUAGCAGGUACCGGAUUGGACGCCUGUGUCACAGCAGCAGGAGCCGGAGGAGUAUGUGGAGCCUGCAUCGGCAUCGGCGCCGGACCCGACCGACUGUCGUCCUCACGAUUCAUCGAAGCCCACUCCUUAGCCAAGUUUCCGUACACAUUGGCACCAGCCGCCGGUGUAGCAGGUACCGGAUUCGACGCCUGUGACACAGCAGCAGGAGCCGGAGGAGCACGUGGAGCCGGCAUCGGCAUCGGUACCGGAUUGGACGCCUGUGUAACAGCAGCAGGAGCCGGAAGAGCAUGUGGAGCCGGCAUCGGCAUCGGCGCCGGACCCGACCGACUGUCGUCCUCACGGUUCAUCGAAGCCCACUCCUUAGCCAAGUUUCCGUACACAUUGGCACCAGCCGCCGGUGUAGCAGGUACCGGAUUGGACGCCUGUGUCACAGCAGCAGGAGCCGGAGGAGUAUGUGGAGCCUGCAUCGGCAUCGGUGCCGGACCUGACCGACUAUCGUCCUCGCGGUUCAUCGAAGCCCACUCCUUUGCCAAGUUUCCGUACACAUUGGCACCAGCCGCCGGUGUAGCAGGUACCGGAUUGGACGCCUGUGUCACAGCAGCAGGAGCCGGAGGAGCACGUGGAGCCGGCAUCGGCAUCGGUGCCGGACCUGACCCACUAUCGUCCUCGCGGUUCAUCGAAGCCCACUCCUUUGCCAAGUUCCCGUACACAUUGGCACCAGCCGAUGAUGAAACAGGUACCGGAUUGGACGCCUGUGUAACAGCAGCAGGAGCCGGAAGAGCAUGUGGAGCCGGCAUCGGCAUCGGCGCCGGACCCGACCGACUGUCGUCUUCACGGUUCAUCGAUGCCCACUCCUUCGCCAAGUUUCCGUACACAUUGGCACCAGCCGCCGGUGUAGCAGGUACCGGAUUGGACGCCUGUGUCACAGCAGCAGGAGCCGGAGGAGUACGUGGAGCCGGCAUCGGCAUCGGUGCCGGACCUGACCGACUAUCGUCCUCACGGUUCAUCGAUGCCCACUCCUUCGCCAAGUUUCCGUACACAUUGGCACCAGCCGCCGGUGUAGCAGGUACCGGAUUGGACGCCUGUGACACAGCAGCAGGAGCCGGAGGAGUACGUGGAGCCGGCAUCGGCAUCGGUGCCGGACCUGACCGACUAUCGUCCUCACGGUUCAUCGAUGCCCACUCCUUCGCCAAGUUUCCGUACACAUUGGCACCAGCCGCCGGUGUAGCAGGUACCGGAUUGGACGCCUGUGACACAGCAGCAGGAGCCGGAGGAGUACGUGGAGCCGGCAUCGGCAUCGGUGCCGGACCUGACCGACUAUCGUCCUCACGGUUCAUCGAUGCCCACUCCUUGGCCAAGUUUUUGUAUUCGUUGUGA